CUUUCCCAGUCUCCUUUGCCGGCCCGUCCAACCUCCCUACUACUUGGUUAUAGCCUAGACCAAGCUUCCUGCGUGCAUCGCGCGCUGCCCGAGGCGCGAAGCAGAGGUGGCGGGAAAGGAGAGUGAAGAGAGAAGCGAGUUUAAGUCAACUCAAGGGUGCGUUUCCAAGUUGGCCACCCCUUGGUAACAAGUACAACUGAUUGCUUGACCUCUUAAAGCUGUCUCCCAGGAGGAUGUAUAAAAUACUGCAUCCAGGACAAUACACCAAACGAAUUUACCCCUCAGCUUCUGCAUGUUAUUGGAGAAAGAUUUGCCUCAUGUUACAUUAACUCCCUGGAGCCUCCAAAUUAUGUGUAGAAGCUAACCGGAAUCAACAUGUCUGGGACCGAGGAAGCAAACCGUGGAGGGCAUGACAGCCAUCGUCCUGCUGGUGGCAACUCUGUAUUGUGCUUUGGACAGUGCCAGUACACAGCAGAAGAGUACCAGGCCAUCCAGAGUGCUCUGAGGCAGAGGUUGGGCCCGGAAUACAUAAGUAGCCGCAUGGCUGGAGGAGGCCAGAAGGUGUGUUACAUUGAAGGUCACAGGGUAAUUAGUUUGGCCAAUGAGAUGUUUGGUUACAAUGGCUGGGCACACUCCAUCACACAGCAGAAUGUGGAUUUUGUUGACCUCAACAAUGGCAAAUUCUACGUGGGAGUCUGUGCAUUUGUGAGGGUGCAGUUGAAGGAUGGUUCAUAUCAUGAAGAUGUGGGUUAUGGUGUUAGUGAGGGCCUCAAGUCAAAGGCAUUGUCUUUAGAGAAGGCCAGAAAGGAGGCGGUGACAGAUGGACUGAAGCGAGCACUCAGAAGUUUUGGAAAUGCACUUGGAAAUUGUAUUCUGGACAAAGACUAUCUGAGGUCAUUAAAUAAGCUUCCACGCCAGUUGCCUCUUGAAGUGGAUUUAACUAAAGCAAAAAGACAAGAUUUUGAACCAUCCGUGGAACAGGCAAGAUAUAACAGCUGUCGACUCAGCAUGGCUCUGGGACCUCCAAAACCACAGGAGGUGACCUCUCCUUGCAGACCAAGCCACCUGGAUGAUCCCCACAUUGUACUGCAGGGGGACAAGGCCAGCAGCUCCCGAAGCCCGACACCCUGCACUGUGGAGAGUGAUGCCACGUACCAGCGGAAGCUCCGGCAGCAGCAACUGCAGCGCCAGUUCCGGGAGCAGAUGGAGAAGCAGCCGCGCGCUCAGAUGCCUGCUCCAGCGGUUGAGAGGAAGAGUGAGGCAGCACUUCCUGCCCCUCCUGUGACGCAUAGCACCCCUAUAACUGCUGACCCAGAGCCACUCAAGGAGGAAGUCGUCCUUGCAGAGAACCUUGAAGAUAACCUUGAAAUGUGGGAUCUGACUCCAGAUUUAGAGGACAUUGUGAAGCCUUUAUCUAGACCAGAACCACCCCAGACCUCUGCUAUCCCAAUCCUGAACAACCAGGUAGUGACCCAGGACAGGAUGCCACACAGUCUUCUUCACCAGAAGACACAGGAAAAAUCUGGACUCUGGCACCCACAGGCUUACAGCAUGAACCAGCAUGUAACAGGAGACUGUGAAUCUCAUAGGAAGAGCCAGGACAUGAAGAAAAGGAAAUUGGAUCCAUCUUAAAAUGAGACUCGGGACCUAAAGAACUUGGAAAACAGCUUUUUGGUCUUGAAAUUAUUCAUCAUUCCUGGGGAAUGAACUUGAUUUCCAAGGAUUACCUUGAUUCAUUUUGAACUUUAUCAGAGGACUUGACAGUUAAGUCUAUUGCAGAGAAAGCUGAGCACUUUAAAAAAGCUUGUCACACACUGCAAUGGGGAGGCCAAGGACAGAUGAAAUACCUUUCUUUGGCUCUUCAGGAUUUUUAUUUACUCCUAAGCUAUUUAAUGUUAAUAAAGUAGACAUUUUAGGACUUGCCCAUGGCUACCUGCCUUCAACAUGUAGAGGCCAUCCUUAGUCCUAAGUGUCAGCUUCAGUGGUUGUUGCAUUAAAUUAUUGAGUGGUUUUUUUCC